CAGUGGGUUACAUUAGAAGAAUGGAUGGCAUUACAGGUUGCUAUCGAGGCCUUACACCUAAACUCCUGGGUAACAUAGCGAGUGUCUUAGGUAGUGAAAAAAUAGCUGAACAGUUAGGUUUGGGUGUACCUCCUGAAAAAGAAGAUGUAAAUGAUGAUGAACUCACAGAUAUUGAAAGGAGGAAGAGAUUUGAAAAGGCAUUGUCAAGAGACAUGAUUCUUCACAUAAGCGGUACAAUAAUUAGUCACCCCUUCCAAGUAAUCACUGUUAGAAUGAUGGCUCAAUUUAUUGGUCAUGAAACCAAAUAUUGUUCAAUUUUGGGAUCAAUUGCAACUAUUUACCAAGAAGAAGGUAUUGGAGGAUUUUUCAAUGGUUUGUUCCCAAGAUUGUUAGGUGAUAUUGCUUGUCUUCUGUUUGCGAGUGCUGUUACAUUUAUCAUUAACAAACAUUUAGUACAGGAUAAGGAAACUCGCAGCUAUGUUGGAGCUAUUGCUACAUUUGUAACAAGCACAAUUAUGUACCCAUUCCAAGUUGUGUCAAAUUGUAUGACUCUUCAUGGAUCAAGAUUGGCUGCAAGUAAACCACCUCAUAUGCCUACUUUCAACAAUUGGCAAGAAUGCUGGGCUCACUUGAAACAACGUGGGGAGCUCAAACGUGGCUCAUCUUUACUGUGGCGUUUCUAUCGGCCCCCGAGUUACGAUGUAGGCGCACUGCCGCCAGCGCCUUCUCCUGAAUUUAGGAAACCUGGUUACAGGCACUAAACAAACGUGGCCAAAAGAUAAAUAAGACUUUUUAAGAACCGAGUCUUCUAUAUAAUUCCACCGUUCAGUUCGUAGUAUCGUGAAUAGUUUAAUGGCAAAAAUGGUACUGACAAGACACAAACUUAAGCAUUCACAUUAUAGGGUUAUGAUUUUUUUUUUGUUACCUCAGUUAUUAUAUUAUUUAUUCAAUGUUUUUAUUUAAAUCAAUAGGAAUAAUUUGUGUGCACAACUCGAGAUCAAUUCUAUAA